AUCUCUUCGCCGAAACCAGUCGUUCAAGUCAAAGACAAGAUUGAACUCACUGAAAUCGAGGAGAAGAUAUUUAAUAGGCUUCUUGGCACUCUUCGUCACUUCAAUCUCGAAACGCAGCUUCGAGUUGCCGGCGGUUGGGUUCGCGAUAAGCUUCUAGGCAAAGAUUGUUACGACAUUGACAUCGCCCUGGACAACAUGCUGGGUAGCGAGUUUGUGGACAAGGUUAGAGAGUAUUUGUUGACAGUUGGGGAAGAGGCGCAAGGAGUCGCUGUUAUUCCAUGUAACCCUGAGCAAUCAAAACAUCUAGAAACAGCAAGGAUGCGUAUCUUUGAUAUAUGGAUUGAUUUUGUGAACUUGAGGUGUGAGGAAUACAGUGAGAAUAGCCGAAUUCCUACUAAGCAAAAGUUCGGGACGGCUGAAGAGGAUGCUUAUAGAAGGGAUUUAACGAUCAAUAGCUUGUUCUAUAACAUUAACUCGAGCUUAGUUGAAGAUAUGACGAAAAGAGGUUUGUAUUGAUUUACUUUUGUUUACAGUCCAUAUUGAGAAUUGCUUU